GAUUAGAGACCUUGUUUUAGAGUGCAUUGCUGUGGAUUCAGAGCUAACACCAAGCCUGGAGCGUAUGCAGUGGUGUGAUGCUUUGGAGUGCUGUGUGCUACUGAACUAAAGGUAUGGAGCUCAGUAGGUGCAUGGUUUUCCUUUCUUUGGAUGGCUUUUUCUUUUGCCGUUUGCACUACUAACGGCCACUGGGCUUGGUGGGAAGAGACAAUGCUGACAUUUAAAACUGUUUCCCUAAAGAUGGCAGAGGUUCAGAAACCAUCUACAGUUGCCAUCAAGAAAAUGGAAGAGGACGUACCUCCUGCUCCUACCCUUGGUUUGGUCCAAGUCAGCGGUCCUGCUGCAGGGAGCCAGGAUCCCAGCCCGCUCCCCACGCCUCCUCCGAAGCAAUCCUUCUCCAAGUUCUACCAGCAGCGCCAGGUGAACGAGCUGAGGCGGCUGUACAGACACAUGCACCCUGAGCUCAGGAAGAACUUGGAAGAAGCAGUGACCGAGGACCUGGCAGAAAUGCUUAAUACUGAAGAUCCCAGUGCACAGGCCUCUGUGAACCUGGACAAAGUCCUUCCAGGGGAGGUUCAGUCCAUGCGCUGGAUCUUUGAGAACUGGGCGCUUGAUUCUAUUGGGGACCAUCAAGCUACAAAGAAGCUGGCAGAAGAAGAGGUCAUUCCUGGUGGGGAUGUGAAAAGUACAUCCCUGAGGUUUGAAAAUCAGUCAGUCAAUGGGGACAGGCUGUCAACAGUAGCCAAGGUAUCAGAAACAGACCAUGCCAAAGGGGAUGUGCACACUGCCAGGUGGCUGUUUGAAACCCAGCCACUAGACUCCUUAAAUAAACUGUACUCAGAUGAAACAGAAGUGCAGGAAGCCGUUCUCAGGGAGCCUGUCCAGGGAGGUGAUGUGAAAGGUGCCAGACAACUCUUUGAAGCUCAGUCCUUGGAUGCUAUAGGGCGCUGCUGUUCAGUGGAGGAGAAGAGCAUCUUGCAACUCAAGUCAGAAAUCCAGGAGUUAAAAGGUGAUGUCAAGAAGACUAUCAAGCUUUUCCAAACUGAGCCACUCUGUGCCAUCAGAGACAAAACUGGGAAUAUCCAUGAGAUCAAAUCUGUUUGCCGAGAAGAAAUACAGAGCAAUGCAGUCAGGACCGCUCGCUGGCUGUUUGAGACUCAGCCACUAGAUACCAUCAACAAGGACACUUCCAAAGUGCAAAUAAUCCGUGGGAUUUCAUUGGAAGAAGUAGGAAGGCCAGAUGUUAGUGGAGCAAGGUGGAUAUUUGAAACUCAGCCUCUGGAUGCCAUCAGAGAAAUUACAGUGGAAGAACAAGAUUUCAAGGCUUCAAUGGAUUUUACCACAGGGGCAGAUGUCAGUAAGCAGCGAAUGCUGUUUGAGACUCAAGCCCUUGAUUCUCUGAAAGGAGAAGUUUCAGAGAGUGUCAAAGCCAAAGAGCAAGUCAUUGGAGGUGAUGUGAAAUCUACACUCUGGCUGUUUGAGACCCAGCCAAUGGAAACCCUGAAAGAUAAUUUUGAGGUGGGACAUUUAAAGAAAGUAGAGCUUUCAGCAGAAGAGAAGGGAGAUGUGAAGCAAAGAAAACAUAUAUUUGAGAGUUGUCCACUCAGUAGCAUCUCUAUGGCAUCUGAAAAAGAAAUUUCAGCCACCAGUGCAGAAGAGGUGGUGAAAGGGGAUGUGAAAUCUUUCAAGACCCUAUUUGAAACUCUUCCAUUAGACAGCAUUAAGCAGGCUGAUGCUGAGCCCAUCACCAAAGAAGAGGAGCGUAUUCCUACUGGGAAUGUCAAAGCCAACCAAAUCCUGUUCGAGACGACACCUCUGUAUGCCAUCAAAGACAGCCUUGGUAACUUCCACGAAGUCACCUCUGUAAGCAGAGAGCAAGUCAUCAGUGGUGAUGUCAAGAACUAUAAGUGGAUGUUUGAAACCAGACCGCUGGACCAGUUUGAUGAAAGCACCAAGAAAGUGGACAUAAUACGUGGGAUCACCAAAGAGGAGGUAGUAGCUGGUGAUGUCAGAACAGCCAAAUGGCUCUUUGAAACUCAACCCAUGGAUGUAAUUCACCACCAAGCCAUGCAAGGUGAGGAACCUGCCUUGGUGAAGCGGGAGAUCUCCCAGCGGGGAGAUGUGAAGACCUGCAGGUGGCUUUUUGAGACACAGCCCAUCAACACUCUAUAUGAGAAGGCUGAAAAGAAGCAGGAAGAAGAUGAGUAUGUACCCCAAGCUGAUGUGAAGUCAUACACAUGGAUAUUUGAGACCCAGCCACUGGACUCACUGAAAGGCCAGGAGGAGCAGCAUUUGCAAGUCAGCAAAGCAUACAGUCAGGAUGACUUGGAGGGCGUUGAUGUCAAAACUGUGCGGCACCUGUUUGAGACUGAACCAUUAGGCAGCACCACGGCCAGUAAAGCUGACCUCAAGGAAACUGUGCGAUAUUGCAGCCGUGUGGAGAUACAAUCUGGGGAAGUGUCCAGGGUAAAGGAGUUCUUUGAAGCUAAGCCCUUGGACAGAGCGACUAAACCAACAGUGGUUGUGAAGGAUGACGGGAAGAUUGAAGCUGGAGCUGUGCACAAGUUCACUUGGCUUUUUGAAAACUGCCCCAUGGACUCCCUGAAAGACGGUUCUGAGGGCAUCCAGGAAAUCCCUCCAGAGAAGGAUAUCAAGGGGGGAGAUGUUGGUGGCAAAAGGUUCAUAUUUGAGACCUACUCCCUUGACCAAAUCCAUGAUAAGGUGGAUGAGACAGAAAUUCAAAAGAUCCAGAAAGACACCAUGAGCAAGGCCAAUGUCAAGUCCUGCACAAUGCUCUUUGAAAGCCAGCCAUUAUAUGCUAUCCAGGACAAAGACGGGGGAUACCACGAGGUCACCUCAGUGCAGAAAGAAGAAAUCAUGAAAGGUGAUGUGAAAGGUGCCCGAUGGUUGUUCGAAACUAAACCUCUGGACCAGAUCAAGAAGGAAGAAGAAGUGUUUGUGAUUAGGGCCGUCACUCAAGAGGACAUCAAGAAAGGGGAUGUCCAGGCUGCCCGUUGGAGGUUUGAGACAGAGCCUCUGGACUCCUUUUCCAGGGGACAGAAAUCUGUGCCCAGAACGGUAGAUGAUGUGCUGAAGGGAGAUGUUCAGUCCAAUAAGGAACUCUUUGAGUCCCAAAAGGUGGGCCAAAAGAAAUAUGUGAGGAUGGUCAGUGUCAGUGAUGUCCAGCGGGGUGAUGUGAGGACAUCCACCUGGCUCUUUGAAAACCAGCCUGUGGACUCCCUUCAUGGGGAUGCAGACAGAAGCACUUCUAUCAGCACAGUGCAGAGAGAGGACAGCCAGAAAGGGGAUGUGAAACGCUGCACCUGGUUGUUUGAAACCCAGCCUAUGGACACUCUCAAGGACACAGACGUGACAGCCAGUGCUGAGGCUCAAGAAGCUAUCCCUCAUGCAGACGUAAAAAGCACAACAUGGCUCUUUGAGAGUACACCUUUGGACAAGCUGAGUGCUUCUGAAGGCCAUGUAGAAACAGAAGUGAAAGAAAGGACCAUGAAGGAGACUUUGGAGAUGCUCUGCACUUGCCAGGCUAUUCAGCACAGUGGGAUCCUCAUUGAAGCCAAUGAUAUGGAGAGUGUGAAGAUGGUGAAGUAUCAGCUCGGCAGCCCAGGUGCUCCAGAAAUACUGAAAGAAGAGAUUGUGGGAGGCCAUUUGCAAAGGAUCAUGCUACAGCUUCUGCACAGAACCAAUGUGGAAGCACAGGGAAUACUGGUGGAGGAGGACAAAGAGGGCAAGAUCAAAGUGAGCCCAUUGCAGCUACUGGACCCAAGUGAAGCAGUUAAAAGCAAAGAGGACUUAAGUGGAAAUGUGGCUAAGGCUCUGCAGGGCCUCCUCAGUCAAGAGGCCUCCAUCAAAAAGGGGAUGGUCUUACAAGAGACAAAGAUGGGAUCAGUGAAGAUGACUCUCUACUCUCUCCUUUUCCACUCUGUGCAACAAAAAGUUGUCAAGGGGGAUGUGAAGACCACAAUAGGCAAUCUGCUGGCUUCUUCUCAAGAACAGAGAGCAACAGCAACAGUCAAGAGAGAGGACAAUGAGAAAGGGAAUGUCCAGCUUUUCAUUUUACAGUCCCUCAUCUCCUCCCAAACACAGCAGAGGGCAUCUGAGAGUGCUCCAUGGGAUGUACAGAGGUCCACAAUACAUAUCUCACAAGGGGAUGAACAGAUAGAGAAAGUGAUUGCAGAGGGUGAACCAGGGGCCAUGGAGGGAGCAAAAAAAGUGUUUGCAUGUGAAAGCAUGGGCAAAGAGGGUGCAUUGGACAGAGAGGCUGUGCAUGCAGAGGGUCUGAGGGGCACCACUGUACAAUGUCUUGGGAAGCCCCUGAGCGUACCCACAAUGAUGGGAAAGGAAGAAAUUAUGUCAGGGGGGCUUAAAGUCACUACAAAAUCAAUUCAAAGGGUUGCAAAUGGUAGCAAGAAGCAACAAAUGGCAGAGAAAGAAGAAACCAUCUCUGCCAGCACGAUGGAACCCAAAGCUGUGACUCAAAGCACAGCCCAGGCCAAAGUGACAGUUCAGAUGGACAAAGUAGCCGAGAAACAUCAGAGCUUGAUGGCUGGAGAAACCAGACAGAUGUCAGCACAGCCAGAAGAAAAGGCGCUUGGUAGUGAUCUCCAGGCUGCAAUGCAAAGCCUGAGACUAGCAACAGCAGAAGCAAAAAGCAUUCAGCAUCAUGUCCAAAGCAAGCUACAAAGGAGCAGGGAGGAAGUCCAUGUGGCCUGUAGGCAUCAGGCAGCCAGCACACAGGGGACAAUGACCCUUCAAUCAAAAACACACCAACAAGACUCUACAACCAAGCAGGAGAGCACCACCACUGCCACCAGGACCACCACCACUAAAAUGCAGGAGGCAUCCAAGACCCAUACAGGCGUGUCUCUGAAGACCAUAGCAUCACACAAAAAGGUCAGUGCUUCUGAGGAACUACAGGGAGGACAGCAGUUGAGCCAGGAAAAUCAAGUUGUGCCUAGUGCAGAUGUUAGAAUUAAGGAUGGCCUUUAUACAGCCAAGCCUGUGAAAACCUAUGUAAACCCAUUUCUUGAGUCUGAUUACAAAGAGCAAUCAGUGCAAGAAGAAAGAGAGCGAGAUGUUAUUAUCAGAGGGGAUGUGCAGACAGCUAUCAGAGCACUGCAAAGUGCCGCCACAGAACAGCGCCUGGUAGAAAAGGAGGAUAUUGUUCGAGGUAAUUUAAAGGCCACGCUUCAGUCGCUGGAAAAGUCUAACGUUAAUGUCUCCAGAGGGGAUUUUAAAGCCGCUAUGAUAUACAGAAAUGCAGGGCAGUCCUAUUCUGUGUGUAAAAAGCAAAAUGAGACUCAAGGCAUUAGUAAUCAGACAGCUGUAGUGGCUUCAGGGUCGCAGGCUGAUAAUGACUUUCCUCCUCCUCCCUCAGUUGCUGUGAUGAAAGCAGAGCAUUGCCCACCCUCAACUAAAGCAACAACAGAAGGUGCCCUUCUACAACCAACAAGCCAAGAUGAAGCACCAGGAUGUUCUGCAACACUACAGACCCCUCUUCCUGCCCUCCCUCCUCUGUCCUCCAAGCCCAGUGAUCAGAGUUCUGCAAAGAAGCCCCAAAUUCCUCCAAAACCAGAAAUUACUGCCCCACCAAGGAAAAAACCUCUUCCCCCUCCAAAACCUGAACAUCUCUCAUAUGAAGCUCAUUCUGCCCCUCUAAACAAUAGCAAAGACAAAUCAACCAAACCCAUGCCUCCUCCCCUGCCUCCAAAGCCUCCAUGCCUGAGAGAGGCCAGCAAGGCAAAGUCAUCACAAUCAGAGCUGGGAUUGUCCUGCAUGGAGGUGCAGGAACAAUCAGGUCAUGGGGAAGUUCAGGCAGAGUGUUGCGCUUCCGAGUCAUCAGGGCACAAAGUUAUUGCUGUUCAGGAUGUGAGCCCUGACAGACAGCAAUCAAAAAACAUUGCCAAAAGCCCUCUUCAAAAUGCAGAGGAAAAGUAUGAGACAAGCGAAGGAGGACAAAGCAAAGUAGAAUCAGACAUAGCAAAGACCUCAAGGUUGCUUAAAAAUAGAGUGGUUGACUUUGAAGCUGAGCAUGGAAUGAAGGGAGAGAAAGCAGCAGCUCCAAGAAGCUGCCCAGACAAGAUAGUUCAGAGGCAUAUGCAGCUAUGUAACCAGGAGGAUGGAUGCACUUCAAUAUCACAGUUAGCCUGUCCCAGUGAAGCAAGGACACCUAAUGCGCUAGAACAGACUGAACUAAGCACCUCCUCUGUGGGCCACACUACUCCUUCCAAAAGGAGAAAUGACAUUGCACAAAAUGCUUCCCCCAAGGUGGAAAGGGAAAGUUUGUCUAAUGCCUGUGGAUCAUGGAAUGGUCAGAGAGUCACACAGCAGGUGAAAGAGAGAAGACAAGAGGGCCAUCCAGUGUCCUCCCAUCAGCAGCCAAGGAGCUCCUUCCAGGAGCAACAGCAGAAUAGUGGGCAAUUGACAUGUCCUUAUGAGGCAGAGAUGCCUGCCCAGGAGAAGCCACCAGUGAUCAUGAGAGAAAAACACAAGAGAGAAACGGAAGAUGAACGUAGGAAGAGGCUGUCUGUGCAUAAAGAAGAGAUCAUGAAAGGCAAUGUCAAGGAGGCUAUGGAGAUCUUUGAGAACCUGAGGAGGCAGGAGGAGCUGCAAGAGAUUUUGACUCGGGUAAAGGAGUUUGAAGAAGAGACAAGCAAAGUGGAUGUGAAAGCUCUGAGGAGUUUCUUUGAAAAGGUCCCUGACUGGGUGGUUCUCCAGAAGGCCCAUCAGGCCAAGCAACAGGCCAGGGCUGAGACACUAGCAAAGGAAGACACUGACAGCAUCUCCUCAGUGGAGCUGGUUUUUGGGGACCUGGAGCGAGUGAGUGCUGAGAUUGUCUACUUGAAGGAACAGACACUCUCCCGGCUCCUGGACAUUGAGGAGGCCAUUAGAAAAGCUCUUUAUUCUGUUUCUAGCCUCAAGUCUGAGUCAGACAUAGCGGGGCUCUCUGGGCUUUUCAAGGAAUCUCUAGGGAACACCCAGAGCCCUGUGAGCAGCAGCAAUAUCCGCAAGAUCAGCAUUGUCUCAAGCAAAGCCAAGCAGGAGGGCGCAAUGCUGGAUACAGGGGACACAGGGCCCAUGGACUGUGCAAAAGUGACAGAAAAGACUGAAGCACCCAAAGCAGAGCUUGAGGUUCCCCGCCUCGUUCAUUCUCGUGUUGGUUCUCCCUCCUCACCUUCCUACAUCUCCAUUGAAUCUGCUGCCAGGAAACCUGCUGAAUCACCCAGGACUGCACAUUGCCCAUGGGAAAUCCCUUCACCAGAUUGUGUCAGUGCUGCAGGAAAGAGAGAUGUCUUUGGUCAGGACAACUUUAGCUCCUUUAGCCAUCCACCAGCAGGGUCUGCUGGGCAUGACCUGACUUCCUUUGAGAACAGACCAGAACCCAUCCCAAAGAAAGCUGGGCUGAGCUCAGUGAAACAGCCUCCUCUUGGCAAUGCCAAUCAUCAGAUCAAUGAGAAAGAGAGGAGCCCUGUGGACACAUCCAAAGGUAACUGCCACUGUGGGAUCAAAGGAGGCUUUUCAGACUAUUGCUCUCUGAAUAUUCCCAGUCCACAGAACACACGAAGGCAAAAAAGCAUCUUGGAGCUGCAGACAGGGCCUGAUGGGUCCAAGCUCUAUGGAGCCACUCGGACAGUCACAGAGCAGUAUGAGGAAAUGGAUCAGUUUGGAAACAAAAUCAUCACCUCGUCUACUACAGUCACAAAGCAAUCUGAGACCCAAACAUCCUCCACGUGUGAUGUGGCAUCUCACCCCAGAUACGAGGUAUCUACAUCACCCCUAUUUCGGAGGUACCUGAAGAGCCCGAAUGAAGACUUCCACACCAACGGCAGUUUUCAGGAGCCAGGUGUAGUUUUUGUCACCUUUGGCAACUCCAAACCAAAGAAAUAG